UUUAUUUUGUCUGCCUAUAAAUACUGAGUAACGCUUAAUUAAAAUGGAGUUGGCUUCCCAGCCAUCUUCCCUCCGCGUCAUUUCGCUUUGUUCUAUCGCAUUCACUUUACAUACAAAAUAUAUGUAUUCAAUGGCCAUUCUCGUUAAUUGACUUAUUUAAUUCCGUUAUGGACUAACGCGAUUUAAGUCGAUGAAGAUAUACGAGAAUAGGUGAUAACAAACAUUCGUACAAUCUAAAUGGAGUCAGAUCAACGGGCCACUAAACCUUCUUAUUUAAUGACUUUUUUGUAACGACAUAUUAAGGACCAGAAUUUUUAUCUUAUUUGUGACACUUGAUGUAUAAUUUCAUUUAGAUUCAAAAUACGUUGUUUCUCUGUACAUGGUGGACAUAUUUGUUUGGUACUACUGAUACAUACACUACCGCUAUUAUUAAAAAUAAACGCUAUCGUAGUCUGUUCUUCGCCUUAUUGGCCAUGGCAUAUAUUCGAAGAUUAUAAUGAUAUCAUAACAUCUCUUCAGGCCGUUCUACGUUGCGUUGGAGUUUUCCCGGAUUAUUAUUAUUAAAUACUAUCGGAUAUAUCUCUUACCACGCCAUUGGUGCAACCACGCAGAGGAACCAUCGUUAAUCAAGUGAACCCAUUUGUGGUUGUUAUCUCAGAAAUAACUUACAAGUAUUAAACAUAGUUUUCCCCGAAUGGCAACUGUCGGUUGUUCCAACGCCAGUGACAUAUGUAGUGAUUUCAAUGAGAUAAAUGGCGAUCCACACAGAAUUUGGCUAGGGUGUCUCCCGACACGUAUUACGGAAUUUGCGGUUUUGCAGCUAGCUAAACAAUUCGGAGAAUUAUCCGAUUUCCAUUUUCCUGUGCAUAAGACUGGUGAUCUGCAAGGAUCUACAGUUGGUUAUUGUUUUUUGACAUACAGGUCGGUGGAUGAUGCUAAGAAAGCUUGGAAAGUGUUGGAUGGUUUGAAUUUUCAUGGAUAUACUUUGGUUGCUAGACCGGCUCGGCCAACUCGAGACGAAUUGACCGUUGCACAACGCUCAUAUGAUGAAGCUUCCAGACUUAGAAUAAUGGAAGAAACUAUACAACGUGAAGCUCAACUAGCAGCUGUGAUGGCCAUGUGUGAUUCUUCAAGUGUUUUAUCUAGUCGUACUGAAGACCCGUUUAGUGGAACAAUUUCUGACGAACAGCUAUAUCCUACUCCGAAAAUAUCUUCCUACUCGAACUACCCGUCUGUUUCAUCUUCCCAUGUUCACAGACCUGAUUUAUACGGAAAACAUGGCCUAAGCCAGAAUUCUCAAACAAGUUCCAAGAUAAAUUCUCAUAAUUUAACUUUGAAAACUUCUUCGUGCAACACAAAUCACCAUCGUCGUUCAAAAAAUCAAAUAGAAACCAAAACAGCUAUACAUCUAAUUGAAAGGGCUUUAAAAAAUUUGGAAAAAACACCAAUCGAUGGUAUAGCAUCAUUAAAACCAAUUACAAAUGGUCAUACUAAUCCUUAUUCUGAUGUAUUAAUAUUAAAAUCAACGAAUCUUGUAAAAUGUGACAAGAAUAAUCGAGUUCAUUAUUCUACAUCGUCACCAUCUAUAUCGUCUUCUAGGCGAAUAACUAUCAGAAAAACACAUGAUAACAAUACAAAAAAACUACAUGCACUCCCUCGUCAUCAUCGAUGUAAUGAAUCAAAUGAUCAACUGAUCCAUAAACGUGAUUUUAUUGCACAUCCUAUUUAAUAUUAGACAUUUUCAUGUAGUGUAUAUGUGUGUUGGACUGUUCUUCUUGUGAUUUCAUCCUUUGUUUCCUUUCCAUGAAGCAUACUACGUAAAUGUGUGUGUGCUUGUCUUUUUGUAUAGCCAUAUCACCUAGUUCCAUUAAUCUGUAUUUUUAUUUUACCUUGUUCACUUAUAGUUUAUUCUUAUUGAAUAGAAUUGGUUCAUGCUUUAUAUAGUAUAUUACUAAUCAGUGUCAGUAAACAACUAUGUACACAGCUUUCUUCAAAUUUUAUUUUGUUUCUAUCAAAAAAUAUAUCUUCUUUUCAAUAAAGUAAUGAUUAAUCAAUUUUCUAUAAUCUAUACCUAAGAUGUAAAGAUCAGUAAUAUUAAUGACGUUUGAUAUAAAAGGCUUAAAACUAAACCCAAUUCAUUUGGAGAGAGAUAAUGAAUGACCUAUCGAAUUGAUAUUCAUAUCAGUCGUUCAUAACACUUGGUCCAUAUUCAGUCAGUAACAACGUAGAAAUUCGUACGUACAUACAUCAGUUCGAGUUGCCACACCACAUUAGCACAAAGAUGCAGUUGUCGAUUCAAAUCCCGUUGUGCUAGAUGUAGUAAAAUUAUAAGCUGUAAUCAGAAAAAUUAGGGUUUGAAGAUGUUAUUCAAGGAGUAUAAUCCAGUGAAAUAAAU